AUGACAAUUCCGCAUUAAAGGUGGCCGUGUCUGCACUUCGCCCAAAAUCUCUGGAGGUGCGCUGGAACAAUCCUGAUCAUCUUCAGUCAUCCGCGGUAAUUGCAAACCUGGGCGGACACCAAGCAGCAAGUUGUAUAGGACGUGGGAAGUCAUCUUCCCUAGAUUCCUGUACUCUCAUUAACCUGAAGGACUUUACGGAAUAUGCUGUGAGGGUUACAGUGUGUGUGAAAGAGUGGUGGUGGAUCCAUCCAUCGUGCACGACCUCUCCAGUCAACUAUAAGAAGACUCUUCCCGCAGUUCCUAACUCGGCAAAGGACGUGGUUGUGCUGGCUAUUCACCAGAAAGAAUUUGUAGUCAAAUGGACUAUUCCCAACCUGUCGGUUGGUACCUUGGCAUCCCCAAGAGCAAUCGCUCAGCUGGAUGGAGAAGCUGCGACUGUGACUCGACCGAAGGUGGCCCAAUGCAGUCCCGAAGGAAGUCCCCAAGGGCAAGCCACGUGCACUCUAUCGGGACUUUCGUCCUCAACUAUGUACGCCGUUUCCGUUGAACUGUGUUUCAUUCCGAUGGAUGUGACAGAUCCUCUUCCUUUACACUCUGACUGGUGCUCCAUAUCUGAUCCGGUAUCUAAGCAAACUCUCCCGCAAAUUCCUGAGGCGGCAACAGCCGUCAUUGUGCAAGCAGUUCAGGGCAAUGCUCUUACAGUCUCCUGGAUAAACCCCGACCCCGCGUACGGUACAGUGGUGUCCGCAAAAGCGACCGCGACGCUGCCUACGCAGACUACAGUGGCAGAGAAUUGUUCCGUUACUGACGCGUCGCCAGGUCCAGCAACCUGCGUGCUUUCUGGACUGGAGGACUUCACGCAGUACGAAGUGGUGGUGCAAGUCCGAUGUUUUUUCUUCCAAACAGCUCCCGACUCAGCAGGCGAUGUUCGAGUUCAAUCUCCAAGCAAGAAUGUGCUCUCCGUGUACUGGACCAAGCCCUCGGCCUCGCACGGUAAUCUGGCAUCUUCCACGGCCUUUGCAGUUCUAAACAACAGCACGAAGUCAAGCUGCUCUGGAAUAUCGGAGGCGGCUUCGCGGACCUCGUGCAACAUCACCGGUCUGGAGGACUUUACUAACUACAGCGUUGCGGUCCGCGUCUACCCAGAUGUGGCAUCUGGAACUGCCGUGUUUGCUCGACAACCAAAGUCCCUGGAGGUCUCCUGGAUCAAUCCGGAUGCGUCUCAUGGUCCCCUCGCCAGUUCCACCGCAAUUGGCUUCCUGCGGGGCAGUAAAGUCGCCUCCUGCCAGGCUGAUAUCCUGCCUGGGCAACCAGUCAAUUGUACACUGGCGAACCUGCUGAAUUUUGAAGAGUAUGCCGUGUCAGUUGAAGUCUGUGUUGCCCCGGUGCAAACAGGGUCUAACGAAUUUGUUGGUGGUGGCUGUUCAGUGACGCCAACAAUUUCAGGAACCACGCUUCCUGGAGGUAAGUUUUUUACAGCAUUCAUCAUUAUGUACAAGUGUUUUACUUGCUGGAAGCUUUAG